AUGUUUGUGUAUGUGAGCGACUUCGAUUGCACCGUGUUAAAAAAAAAAGUUUCGUUGGCGUCGUGGCUUGCCAGUGCAACGAACCGCACGCACACGGGCCCGUCAGCCCGUCAGACCCGACCAAAACCCUCGACCGGCCGCGUGCUUCGACCCGACCUGACCGCGCAAAAUCUCGCACACGCACCACCCUCCCCCGCCGCCGCCACGAACGACAUGGCCGCAGCGCUCCUGCUCCGCGGCCUCCGCUCGUCGGCGAGCCGGGCGCGCCCCGCCGUCCCCUCGCCGGCCUCGGCCCCGCCGCCCUUCGCCUCCUCGCUCCUCCACCGCCUCUACUCCUCCGCGGCCGCGUCCGCGGCCAGCCCGCCCGCCUCCGCGCUGGGAGGCGUCACCGACCCGGCCCGCAUCCGCAACGUGGCGGUGAUUGCCCACGUCGACCACGGGAAGACGACGCUGAUGGAUCGGCUCCUGCGGCAGUGCGGCGCCGACAUCCCCCACGAGCGCGCCAUGGACAACAUCAGCCUCGAGCGCGAGCGCGGCAUCACCAUCUCCUCCAAGGUCACUUCUGUCUCUUGGAAGGAGAAUGAGCUCAACAUGGUCGAUACCCCUGGCCACGCUGAUUUUGGUGGCGAAGUUGAGCGAGUUGUUGGAAUGGUGGAAGGGGCGGUCUUGGUUGUUGAUGCUGGGGAGGGACCUUUAGCACAAACUAAAUUUGUGCUUUCAAAGGCUUUGAAGUAUGGUUUACGCCCAAUCCUCCUCCUCAACAAGGUUGAUAGGCCUUCAGUUUCUGAAGAAACCUGCAACGAAGUUGAGAGCUUGGUCUUCGAUCUUUUUGCAAAUCUGGGUGCCACAGAAGAACAGCUAGAUUUCCCAGUUCUUUAUGCAUCAGCUAAAGAAGGGUGGGCUUCCUUGAAAUUCACUAAGUGUCCGCCUGAUAGUGAAAAAAACAUGUCUCCUUUGCUUGAUUCAAUUGUACAACAUGUUCGUUCCCCAAAAGCUGACCUUGAGGCUCCGUUUCAAAUGUUGGUUUCCAUGAUGGAGCGUGAUUUUUACCUAGGAAGAAUACUCACUGGGCGUGUAACCUCUGGAGUUAUCCGUGUUGGCGACAAAGUUCAUGGUCUGCGCAUCACGGAUGAAGGGGUUCAGAAGAUUGAGGAUGGAAAGGUUGUCAAGCUCAUGAAAAAGAAAGGCACAAGCAUGGCAGUAAUAGAGGCUGCAGGAGCUGGUGAUAUAAUCUCAAUGGCUGGAUUGUCUGGUCCAGCAAUUGGACACACCGUGGCAAAUCCGGAGGUUUUGACUGCUCUGCCUGCAGUUGAGUUGGACCCUCCCACAAUUUCUAUGACUUUCGGUGUGAAUGAUUCACCACUGGCUGGCCGUGAUGGCACUCAUGUAACUGGAGCGAAAAUUGGGAACCGUUUGAUGGCAGAGGCCGAAACAAACUUGGCAAUUAAUGUUCUUCCUGGACCAUUGUCAGAAUCUUAUGAAGUUCAAGGAAGGGGAGAGCUUCAGUUAGGAAUCUUAAUUGAGAACAUGCGGCGUGAAGGAUUUGAGCUUUCAGUUUCACCCCCAAGAGUGAUGUAUAAAACAGAGCGUGGGGAAAGACUAGAGCCUAUUGAAGAAGUAACUGUCGAGGUGGACGAGGAGCAUAUCGGAUUUGUGUUGGAAACCCUUAACAACAGGAAGGGGGAAUUGUUGGACAUGGGCCCUGUUCCUGGGACAACUGGAAGAACUCGGGUCUUCAUGACCUGUCCAUCUAGGGGUUUGGUGGGUGUUAAAGGAGUUUUCAACAGCUUUACACGUGGAACUGGAUUUAUGCACCGUGCUUUCCAGGCAUAUGCUAAAUACAGAGGUCCACUAGGCACUGUUAGAAAAGGAGUUCUGGUAUCUGUUGGCAGAGGAUUUAUCACUUCACAUGCACUCAUGAGUUUAGAAGCUCGUGGUACUCUUUUUGUCUCUCCUGGGAUGGAGACAUACGAAGGCAUGAUAGUUGGCGAGCAUUCACGUGAUAGUGAUCUUGAGAUCAAUCCUGUGAGAACUAAAGAACUUACAAACAUCCGAGCUCCUGGAAAGGAUGAAAAUAUCCGCCUGUCUCCACCUCGCUUGAUGACUUUGGAAGAGGCAAUUGGAUAUGUUGCUGUAGAUGAGCUUAUUGAGGUUACUCCCAAGGUCAUACGGCUUAGGAAGAAAUAUCUGGACGCCAACAAACGCAAGAUGAUGAAAAACAAAAUCAUGCAGUGA